AUGGAAGACGCUUGUAUGAAAAGUAAUUAUGCCAGCACGGUCAGUAUAACAAAGGUGUACGAUUGCGCUUACGUAAUUCAGUACCCUCAAACCUGCACGUAUGAUCCACUGACAAAUAAAUACCAAGCUUUCAUCGGAUGCCACAAACCAGGUUCAAUUCCUUGCAGUGCCCCGUACAUUCCCGCGCACGCACAUGAAACAAAUCCUCGUCUCAACUACAACUUUGGUGCCAAAAUUACUGUGACGUGUAAUGCCACUUCUGAUACCUUCAACCUUCAGUGUCAUAACAAAGGACUAUGGAGUGGACCGAUUGUAUCCUGCCCUGAUUCGACGGCCCCUACACGAUGCACUAGUCCAUAUAUCCCAAAGUACGCAUCAGCUGUAAACGUUCGUUUGGUCUACGACAUCGACGAGAGUGUAACAAUCACCUGUGACAGCGAAACAGACAGGUCGUUUACCCUUCAGUGCAACUCAGAUGGGUUUUGGACGGGUAGUGUCCGUUCUUGCUCACCGCCAUUAGAAGCCCCUACACGAUGCACUAGUCCAUAUAUCCCAAAGUAUGCAUCAGCUCCAAACGUUCGUUUGGCCUACAGCAUCGGUGACAGUGUAACAAUUACCUGUGACGGCGGAACAGACAGGUCGUUUGCCCUUAGGUGCAACUCAGAUGGUUUUUGGACGGGUAGUGUCCUUUCUUGCUCACAGCCGAUAGAAGCCCCUACACGAUGCUCUAGUCCAUAUAUCCCAAAGUAUGCAUCAGCUGUAAACGUUCGUUUGGUCUACAGCAUCGGUGACAGUGUAACAAUCACCUGUGACAGCGGAACAGACAGGUCGUUUACCCUUCAGUGCAACUCAGAUGGGUUUUGGACGGGUAGUGUCCUUUCUUGCUCACCGCCGUUAGAAGCCCCUACACGAUGCACUAGUCCAUAUAUCCCAAAGUAUGCAUCAGCUGCAAACGUUCGUUUGGCCUACAGCAUCGGUGACAGUGUAACAAUCACCUGUGACAGCAAUACAGACAGGUCGUUUACCCUCCAGUGCAACUCAGAUGGGUUUUGGACGGGUAGUGUCCUUUCUUGCUCACAGCCGAUAGAAGCUGUUCCGACGAACUGUAAUGUUCCUCCAGUCCCGAGAUACUCAACGCUCGAAACCCUUAGUCCGAACUAUAACAUUGGUGACAGGGUGACAUUCCGAUGUGACAAUACCACCAUUCAACCGUUUAGUCUUCUUUGUGAAACCACUGGGUUAUGGAGUGGACCAAUGCAGGCGUGCCCGCCACCCGUCUCAGCCCCUACACGAUGCACUAGUCCAUAUAUCCCAAAGUAUGCAUCAGCUGUAAACGUUCGUUUGGUCUACAGCAUCGGUGAGAGUGUAACAAUCACCUGUGACAGCGGAACAGACAGGUCGUUUACCCUUCAGUGCAACUCAGAUGGGUUUUGGACGGGUAGUGUCCUUUCUUGCUCACCGCCGUUAGAAGCCCCUACACGAUGCACUAGUCCAUAUAUCACAAAGUAUGCAUCAGCUGUAAACGUUCGUUUGGCCUACAGCAUCGGUGAGAGUGUAACAAUCACCUGUGACAGCAAUACAGACAGGUCUUUUACCCUUCAGUGUAAAUCAGAUGGGUUUUGGACGGGUAGUGUCCUUUCUUGCUCACAGCCGAUAGAAGGUUCUAUACCUUGUAGUGCUCCCUAUGUUCCUCCCCAUUCCACGGUGCAAGAUCUCCGUCUGAAUUACAACUUCACAGACAAAGUGAUUGUGACGUGUGAUGCCAGUGAUUCUAACUUCACCCUUCAAUGUCACAACAAAGGAUUAUGGAGCGGACCCGUUGUAUCCUGUCCAGCGCCCGCCCUACUCGGACCCCCCGCUGCAGGCCUAGUUGAUGCUGGCAAAGCCCAAUGCAGUGCCCCGGCGGUGCCUCGUGACUCAACCAUUCAGAACCUUCGUCUCUCCUACAAAGACCGUGACAUGAUAAAUGUGACAUGUAACGAAGUAACUAACGGGGUUCCUGAAUGGUUCGAAUUGACAUGUGCCAAUGGAAUUUGGAACGGACAAAACAUAGUUUGCCCUGAUCCCGUGAUAGAAUGCAACCAACCGAUCCUACCAGCUGAUUCAUCGGUUAAAACGAUAAGGGCUCGAUACAAGAUUGGUCACAAUAUCAACAUCACAUGUAACAGUGCGUUGGUUUCGUUCGUUUGGAUAUGCGACAAGGAUGGUCUGUGGCGCGGUGCGGUCGCUUCGUGCCCAGUUUCACAACCACCUAAUGGCGGUGCUGCAGCAGGGAGAUUUGGAAAUAAAGAACCACAGGAGAAGCAAAAUGGACGAAAUGUCUUCAUCACAGGCCUUCUAGUAGCAGCAGUGAUAAUGUUCAUUCUAGUCCUGAUGUCCAUGGUAGCCUUCUCGAUCUCCGUUAAAGGACGGAGCUUUGGACCUUCAAAACAUUCCUUACAAGAUGAGAGAACUGACCGAGGACCACUCCCCGAGGUUCCUGCAGGGUACGCGGAUUACCUUGUAGGUGAUAAGUCACUGUACACUGCACCAUACUUGAAACCAGACGAGAUUCACCAUAGCUAUGAGACCUACGAGAAACCAAUCUAACGUCACCUGACUCUUCUCUUCAUACUAAAUGAACCAACAAGGAACAGAACUUUUAAGUGCAAAUUUGUAUGAUUUACUAAUUAUUACAUUUUAGUUUUAGAGCAUGCUCUUGUUUGAAACAAAUACUCAAUUACCACUUGGUCUCUAUUGCGUAAGGGUCAUGAAUGUGAAAAGUAAUAUCAAAUAUCUUCGCAAUUUACAUUGCAAAAAUGAAGUUUCUUACUUUUUAUUUCAUGCUAUUAACAUACUAACUGCUCCAAAUUAUGGAACAAUCUCCCCAAUUUUGUACAAACUGCUGAUUCUCUAAUGACUUUCAAAAAACACCUCAAAACACACUUGUUUAACUAAUGCCCGCUUACCAGCACUUGUUCCUGCUCUUCUAUUACCUGUCUUACCCUUUAUUUUGUUCAUUCCUAUAUUGUUACAUACAUGUCUGUUGUUAAGCAUCUUUUUAUUUUGUUAAUUGUUCAUUGUAUAUGUUAAUUAAGCGCUUUGUAUCUACUUGUAGAAAAGGCGCUAUACAAAUGUUCAUUAUUAUUAUUAUUAUUAACUUAUAGACCAUACACUUGCAUAAAGUCAUAUUUUCCCUGAUGAUUAGCUGAAUAUGUGACUACUUACAAUCUCCCUUGACCUGCCUGUCAAUCUUGUGUAACGAUAAUAAACCAACCCCUCAAAAAAAUUCGAAACUCAAGUUUGAUCAUGUAUAUCUCUCUUGCCAUGGCAUAAUAACGUUUACGUUUAUGAUUAUUAGAAAGUAGUUUUAUUUUUGGUUAACGAUACCCUAUUAGUUUUGAUUUGUUCUAGUCAUGAAAUGUGUACUAGAUGUAAAUAAGGGCGCGGUCAAAAGUAAAAAUAUUGCGAAAUUAACUUUUCUUCUUCUUAAUAAUAAUAAUAAUAGUGGGUUCUUGUAUAGCGCCUUUCCAACAGUUGUCAACCUAGGUAUUAUGUUUUAAGUUGGCAUGACACCAUUAGUGCAUGGAUUUCAAUAUCAUUUCCAUUCCUAUGUUGCAUUGAUCAAGCUUCCGAUAAUUUAUAUUAAUCAGUUUAAUUUGAAUAUUUAACAAGAGUGUAUGAACGCGUUACACAUUUACACAGAUAAGAUAUUAAAUGUAUUUCCCGUAUUGCCUUUAUGUAAUGAUGAAACGGUUACACAUCUAAUCAGAAAGCAGUAAACGAUUCUUGAAAAGUACAACUUCUCAAGAAGCAAUGAGAGAACAUAUCUUAUUUCUCAGGAUAUAUGAUCUUCAUUCGGGUGUUAAUUUCUCAAUUUUCAGCUUCCUUCCAGCACUUGACCAUUUAUCUGAAUACCUGGGUUAUAACUGCAAAUUUAAUAUGCAGAAAUACCCUUCAUUAAAUGAUGUUGGAUUGAGGUCACACACGGAUGUAUUCAUCCGAUUGGUUUUUGUUUGUCGCCACGAAAUCUGUGAAUUUAUAAUAUUUUGCAUUCUUGAUUGUUUAAUGGUUUUCUAAUUUCGGAGUCUAAACGAAGUUUUAUUUCGAAUUCGUUUAGGAUUAUUGAAUAAAGAGUAUGGUACCUAAACGAAGUUACAUGUUCACCUUUAAAUCUACAUUGUGAUACUAGCAAUACAUUCGUAAUGGUUCUCGUAACCCUCUUUUAUUACAAUUUGGUACCUAUUUUCUUAGUAUCCAGGUUGGGGUUACUUUUUUCUGUCCCCUUCUUUCAUUUUAUUAUUUGACUUUAUUUAAUUUUAAUUUACCCUUUUUUUAGCGGGGAACUCGGUAUCUUUAUUUUUUAUUACUCGAUUUCUUUCUUCUAAAAACAUAUGGAAUCAAAAUCCAUUAAAAGUAUGUCGUAGUUCCACAACAUAAAGAGUGCAUACAGUGAGCGAUUUCAAGUCGGUGUUAGUGUUAGUUCUUAGAGCAGUCAAGAGCUCUUAAAUCGAGCAAAGUAAUUUGCUGAUGAAAUUAAGAACCCGAUACCGAUACCGAUAUCAAUAACGAAAGCUUAACACCGCAGUGGCACCGUGACAUCGCCACACAGACUUGAUUUCACGAAAAUCAUUUAAAAAUAGUACUUCAAAAAAUAUGAUAUCAUCAAAAGCACAAAAUAAAUUUACACUUAUUUCUCUGGUCUUAUAAGAUAACAAAUUUUACUCAAAAGAAUGUAUGAAUCACAAAGUAAAGGACCUGAUUCAUAUAUUCUUUAUUUGAUUGUCAGACAAUAAAUUGGCGUCGUUCGUGCGUUGACUGUUGUGCUGGUAAAACACUAAAACCGAACUGAAAAUCCACAUUUGCUUAAUCCCUAGGGGCUACUGUUAGUGAAUAGGACAUGUGUACG